UCUAAAUUCAACAAAGACGCUUUGGGGAUUUUCUGGCGAUCUGCUGCGUAUGUAAAUAAAGAUAUAAAGGCCUAAAUCGCGUUACAUUAUUAGCAAUUCUGCCAGCUUUUUUGGCCAAUCAAAUGUUUUAAUCAUCAGGCGCUAUUUACAUCACCAUGGUCCGGAUCACUAUUUUUGUUGUUCUUCUUUUAGAAGUUUUUCUUCUGAGUACUACAAGUGCCGCUGAUGUAUUACAACUGUCCAACGUGAACGCUUUCUUCAAUUUGGCAAUUCCUCACAAUCAAAUCCCAGAAUAUGCUAUUGAUGAAAACGAACGCACUUAUGCACAAGCAGGACCCGUCUCCGUGCGACUUGGAAGUUCGGUCAACUUCAAAGAAAACGCAUUUUGUGGCAUAAUUGGACCCAGCAAUGGUGUGUCAACAUUGGAGAUGGCGCGUGUUGGAAAGUACUUAUCACUCCAAGCAGAAGAUUGUGCUUAUUGCUAUAUCCAGCUCUACGAGCUCUACUCGCGAGGAUUCACAGGUAUUCGACCGGUUGGCUAUAACGGAUACUAUUUCAAUGGCAGCUGUCACUUGAUCCAUAAGAAGACUGUUGAUUGGAUGACGGCGCGUACAAAAUGUGAAGCAGAAGGAAACGCAACUCAUCUUGUUACCAUCCACUCAGAGGAGGAAAAUUUGUUCAUUUUCGAGAUUAUCAGUCGUGAGAACAUAUCAUCAACUUGGAUAGGUCUGCAAAAAGAAAACUCAUCUACUCAGUGGGGAGAUGGACAUGAAAGUACGUUUAGUAACUUUGACGAAGGAAGCCACGAAGAGAAUGAGGCUUGCGUAUCCAUCGGUAAUGACGAAUCUCCAAAGUGGAAAUGGAAAAACUGCACCAAUUCUGAAGCAACGUACAUUUGUCAGAAGCCAGCAACGAACCGAGGAAUCGUUCACACCAAAUAUAUUGCCAAAAAACGUGUUGCAAUGGACAGAACGGAUAAGAAGUACGAUAACGUCACGUCUGGUGCCUGCUCACUGUAUUGUAUGAGUUAUUCUGGAUGUAUCUCAUUCUCUUUCAAUCUGUUAACUGGGGAAUGCAGGUUAAGCCACAGCAUAGAAACUGACAAGGAUUUAAUUGAUGACUUGAAUGCUAUCUAUUUUGUUCAGAGUAAUUUGUUUGAAAUGUGCAACUUCUAAAGCAAAUAUUGUUUUAUUGAAUACUUUUAUGUCUUAUUAUUAUUUUACCUAAUUUAACUUAGGCCUACUAUAUUCCAUAAAAAUCUGAACUGUGAUUUGAUAUUAAAUGUAACGUACCGUAAAUCCUCGAACAAACGAUGCUCUCAAAUAAGCAACAGUCUCGAAUAAGCGCCGCAUCAGACGUGAUUUUUUUUCGUUAAGCGCCGCUCUCGAAUAAGCACCGUGGCAUUGUAAUCGAGAGUACAUAUUGUACCCUGUGUGUAAUGCAACACUUUGAGAAAUAAAGUGUUAAAUAAAAUGUAUACUGUUCAAAUGAAUAAAUAACACAAUGAAGA